AUGAAACCCAGAGAUUAUUGCUGUUGCGCUAUCCCAACAAUCACAACGGGCAUCUACACCGUCUUGUUAGAACAGUUCGUGCUGGGUAUCGUGGUAGCGACGCUGGCAGUCGCGGCACCAGCAAUCGUUGGCUCGGACUCCUUCACUCCAUGGGUCCUGGCCAUAAUUUGCUAUAUUGCGGCCGGCUUGCAAGUACUCGGGUUCAUCGGGGUAGCGAAGGAGCGCGGCAUCCUGUUCAGGCGAUACCUCACCUUGCACAUAUUCACAACUUUGGCCGCUUUUGUGGUUGCAGGCGUCAUGAUCGGCCUCUCGGCCGGUCACCACGAUGAUGCGCAAAAUAGCUGCAUUGCCAAGUUCUUCACCGCGCAGUCCACCAGUGCCAGUCUUGCUGAUACUCUGUGUGAUAUCUUCCCCUGGGUGGAUGUUGGCGUCAUGGGAGGAUUGUGGCUCCUUUUGGCUAUUUCCCAGAUAUAUUUCUACACCGUCGUCUCUGGUUACAGUGCAUAUGCCAACGACGCCACCGGAAAGUACGCUCCCGUUGCUGAUAUUCCGAUGCGAACUGCAAACGGCUCGACGGAGUCGCUGACGGACCAUCACGGCCACGCACGCAACGUCAGCGUAACAGAGCCUGAUCCCGCCUACCCUCAGCAACCUUACAGUGAUAACCCGUCGUUCCCUUUAACGACCCAGGCUAUCAGGAUUCGCUCUACCAAGACUCGGUUUUGCACAGACCUGAGCAAUACCAGUCGCAUCCUGGUCAGUCACAUCAAUACUGAUAAAUUGGGCUCUCUCCGGAAGGCUCGUUCCGCAGGAAGACGCCCCGCUUACAGAAGCCAGCGCCUUACGAUGCCAGCGCAUAUCCCAUUUGAAGCGGACUAUAUCGGACUUUGA